ACAGUACACAAACACACAGGCACACAGGAGCAACCUCUGCCCCUGAAUUAUAGCACUGACACACCUCCAGCUAUCUGUAAUCUCCCUUAGUUGUCCACAGAGUGCAGGGUAAAGAAAUUGCAGAAAGAGGGGUGAAGAGGCAGUGAAAGGUGCCACUGACAUAACAAACGUCACAGGAUUUAAAGGAAGAAGGAAAACAAAUCAAAGGAACAACACAAUGGCUUGAAAGAGAGGAAGAACUGGAUAUAUUUCUUUCUUUAUAGGAGUCGAGGAAUUUCAAAGUGAGGUAAAUUAUUUGUGGCAUAUGCAGCUGCCAGAGCACGUACAAAGAUUGAUGGCCUAUUCAAUUCGCAACUAACAAAACAAGGCAGUGUCACUAGUAUAUAUCAGGUACGAUCGAUCAGCUCCAAAAAGUGAACCGGAUUAUUGUGAAAUAACUUUUCCAAAUGUAGGAUUUAGGCUCUAACCUUUCAGAGUCUCCCAGUAAAUCCUCCUUCUGUUUUUUCCAGAGGGCCUUUUUAUCCUUUCUUUCAUCAUGGUGGACCUGUUCCUAGACCGAGUUCUGGUGGAGAACAACUGGGACCAGGAUGAACUCAACACGGAGAGAGAGAUCAUUGGGAUUAUCGAAAACCGCGUCCUGAUGCUGUUCUUUGCAUCGGCAGAGUGCGUCAAGUGCCAGGAGUUCCUGCCUGUUCUGAAUGACUUUUUUAAGAAACUGAAAGAUCCAGCAUACAUUGAAUACCCCAAACUGCUCGCACUCAUCUAUAUCAGCUUGGACCAAUCGGAGGCACAGCAGGAGAGAGUCCUCAAAGAGCUGCACAAAAAGGUUUUGUUUUUGGCCUUUGAGGAUCCAUACAGGACAGAACUGCAGGCCAAGUUUAAGGUGAAGGAUGUACCAACAGUUGUGGUCAUUCGUCCUGAUGGCUCCAUCCUCUCUCCAAAUGCUGUGCAGGACAUCUGUCGUUUCGGUUGUGACUGUUUCCGUAACUGGCAGGAAUCAGCAGAGCUCAUUGAGAGGAGCUUCAUGCUCAAUGAGGAGUUUGAAAACCUAAAUAUGCGUAGUGCCACUGACCCCGUGAGGAGACUCAAGUACAAGACAGAGGACGACAAGAGGAAAAAGAGAUGGUGGAAUUUAUUGGGAAAGGGCAAAGACGAAAGUCAAGAGGAGGAGGAGAAAGAUGGAACGCGCAAUGGAAAGAGAAAAGAGGGAGAUAAAGUAACUGGGAGGAGAAGAUGAAGAGAAAGAAUCAAAGAAAAAACAGUGUUUUGUGUUGGUUGUCUUCAAGUCAAGCCUCGUAAAUACUUAAUCCUUUGUCACUGAUACUGCAGCCACUUCAGAGGCUCUGUAAGAAACAUGUGGCAAUGGGAUGUGCAGUAAAAUUAAAUUAAAAAACAAAAAAAGCCCACUGAAAAGAGCUCCUGCUGGUAUGUAGAAGCUACUGUGCCUCUCUGCACAGAUCACACAAAACUUUGAAAGGAAUGAAAUAAGAUUGAGUUGCUCUAAUAUGUUAUAAAUAUGCUACAACUACUACUACUACUACUGUUACUACUGAUAACUAUUAUAUAUUUAACUAUUAUCCAGUCCAGUCUUAUUACUUUGUCAAUUAAUGACUAAAGUUAACUAAAUACGAUAAUUAAUAUUUCAGUCAUCAGAGCAAAUGUCACUGUUUUCAAACAGAAACAUACAUAUACAUGUACAGUAUCCUACAUGUCUAAAAUAAUUUCUGCCUAUUUAUGAGCACCAGAAUCCCACUUUAAUUUCUGCCAAGUAAUUCAGGUCACAUCCACUCCAUUUCAAGCAGCAUCAGGCAAAACAUAAUCAGUAAAUACUGUAAUCAACAAACUGUACAUUACCUACCCAGCAACAAAUGGCAGACAAUAUUAAAAGUUAGAGAAGAAAGUCAAACAUAUUGCAGCUAGAGACCCACAUAUUUUUUCUCAUGAGUUGUUGGAGACCAAACCAGAGCUAAAAGGAGUGUGAAUAUUUACUUAUGUUUAUCAAGUGGCCAGAAACACAAUUUCAAAUGAAUGUUAAUAUUGCUGCUGGUUGUGUAAAAAAAGUUCACUAAUAGGCCUACAUCGUUUUAAUAUGUUAUGGCUGUGUGUUUUUCAGCUUUUUGUGGAGUUUUUAUGCCCUCAAGUGGUCAAAAAAACAGUUUUAAAGGUGCAAUAUGUAAUACUGAUAAUAAUAAAAUUCUCAGCUUACAAUUAUGGUAGGAACCGCUAAAACCUCAACAACCUCACCGUCCUCUCUGGCUGACGGACAGACACACUUCCUUGGCUUAGAAUUACGGUAGGAACCACUAAAAAUACCACUACCUUGCCAUCCUUUUCCACCCGACUAAAAUACACACUUUAUUGGCUUAGAAUUCUGGCAACAAUCGCUAAACACACUGCAAACUCACGGUCCUCUCCUCCCGAUUUACAGCCCCCCUCUCUUGGCUUUAACAAACUCACCGUUGUCGGCUACUGCCGCUGAACAGACUACAAGUUGUAAACAGCCGUGGCCCACAUGCCUGGUCCUCUAGUAACGUUAUCUAACGUUAGCAGUUAUGGCAUGUUAGCAUGGCGGCGUUAGCCAGGACCAUUCGGGAUCACUUUACUGGUUGUGUCUCAAUUGUAACCAACUUGAGUACUACUUAAUUCAAUCUGUGUACACGAAUGUUACAAUGACAUAAAAUGCCUGUCCCUUGUAGCCGUGAUAAAUUAGCCUGAAGCUAAUGCUUACCUGUUCAGGAGGAAAUAAGCCAACUCUGCAUCCUUUUGGGCUCUAAGCUGUCUCCAUCUUUCAAAUACAUCUCCAAUAUUUACCCAGGGUUUGUUACGUCUUGUUGAUCCCGUUCAUUUGUUUGCUGCUUCCAUGGCUGUACUACAGCUGUAGCGCAUUGGGUUUGCGUUUUUACAGGUAUAUCUGGCAACCCGGCUGGCUGUCAAACUGGGCAGUUGUUACCAACACAAAGGCCAAAACACAAUCAGAAAUUCCGUCAUGGAACGAAAAUUAUAAAAGGAGAAAAUAUUGGCAUUAGCAUUGUUGUCAGAAAAGAUAGUAUUUCAACUUAGCAUGUUUCUUUAAUAUCUGACGAUACAUUGGGGUCAUUUUUGUAUUUAUUACAGUAAAUAUAUUACAUUUUGCACCUUUAAACUAAAUUUAUGCUGGCGCCUGCUGGUGUUUUCAAAUUGAAAUCAAUAUUUUGUCAAGCACUGUGUGUAUGUUGUUUAUGUUAUUCAUUUCAUUAUAUUUGCCAUGUUAAUUAUGGCAUGUCUCUUGAGCAAAUGUUGUAUGUUAAAUAUAAGUUGUAUUGAUCUCCAAAAACAAUACAUUCUCUUUCCUGCUAAUACAAACUGUAGGCUGUAUGUGUGUGUGUGUGUGUGUGUGUGUGUGUGUGUGUGUGUGUGUGGGGGGGGGGCUGUGGCUUCACACUACACACACACACACACACACACACUGCGCACUUUAUGUCUCUUGUCCCUCUGUCACCUUGUCUUUCAAUCCCUCCCUCCCAGACAGAGGAGGGGAGGUGGAGCGCAGAGACACAAAGGAAGAGGGAGUGAGUAGCUACUGCCUUCAAGGUGAAGGAAAGACAGUCAAUGAGUGAACGUGACAUAAACUGACAGGCUGUGAACUGAUUCAAGUACGACCCAGGAGGAGUUGAAAAGAAGAAGAAAAAACUAUAUUUUGAAAGCUGUUUCCUUUUUGGAUCAAGGGGAGAUAACAUUUGUGAGAGGUACAGUAAGCAACUGUAAGGAUUAUCCGAUUUAACGGCAAGCAAGAUGGGCUCAAGAUGGGCUCAUAUGAUUAAUGGUUUGUUAUUGUUAUUGUGGAAACAUACUGUCUAAUUCGUAGGGUUAUCAAAUCAUGCAGUAUGCAAGAUAGACCUAAAUGCCAAAACUUUCUCAAACCUUCUCAUGUGUGUUCUGUGCUUUCUUCAUGUUUGGCAUGUGCAUUUGAAAACCCCUUUACAAGUA